AUGUCAUCACAACCAUUGAUAGUAUCAAUUCCGACUCCUCCAAGUUCACCAGUUUUGUAUUAUUCACCACCUUCACCAACUUUAUGUAAAUCCCUUAAGGUUAUAUUUACUACUUCAUGGAUAAAUGUAUUGUUAAUUUUUGUACCGCUUGGAUAUAUAGCCUUUGAAUUAAAAUGGAAUACCACUUGGGUUUUCGUUCUAAAUUUUCUGGCUAUAAUACCAUUGGCCAUAUUAUUUGAAUUUGCAGCCGAAAGUGUUAGCUUAAGAGUAACUGGUUGUUUGUUAAACACUACUUUCAGUAAUACAAUUGAAUCAAUUGUUUUCAUAGUAGCACUUAAAGAAGGACAAAUACGUAUAGUUCAAGCUUCAAUUCUUGGAUCAAUUAUUUCGAAUUUAUUAUUAGUGUUAGGAAUGCGGUUUAUUGCGGGAGAAAUUUAUCAUAGAGGACAAAGUUUUAAUGUGACUGCUGCACAAACAGCUUUAAGUUCAAUGUCUUUAGCAUGCAUUAGUUUAAUUAUUCCCGCGGCUUUUAUUUCCUUUGUUUCUUCUGUUGAGAAUUCAGACAUCAUUAGCAAUGAUGAUGAAAAAUAUAAAGAAAUUUUAAAUCUAUCCCAUGGAACGGCAAUUAUUUUGUUGAUAACUUAUAUUCUUUAUCUUCUAUUUCACUUGAAAACUCAUACACAUUUCUACCAAGCUGAGGAGGAAAAUGAAAAUGAUGAACAACCUCAAUUAACUCUUAUUGUAUCGUUGUUGUUAUUGGCUGUUGUAACUGUUUCCGUUUCUUUUUCUGCUGACUACUUAGCUGAUUCGAUCGAAGGAAUUGUUGAAUCUCAUGAAUUAAAUAAAACCUUUGUCGGUUUGAUUUUAAUUCCCAAUAUUAAAAAAAUUUCCGAAAUUGUAGGUACCUUAACUUCUCCAAUGAAAAAUAAAAUGGAUCUGCAUUAUGCUAUUCAUAGUGCUGUCGGCAGUUCGAUGCAAAUCGCACUUUUCGUUUCACCAUUACUCGUUAUACUUGGAUGGAUAAUAGGACAACAAAUGACAUUGUUUUUCCAUACAUUCGAAACUAUUAUUUUAUUCGCUUCAGUUAUGAUGACAUAUUAUCUUAUUCAGGGUGGAGAAACACAUUGGCUAAAAGGUGCUAUAUUUUUAGCUACGUACGUUAUUAUAGCUUUAGCUACCUACUUUUAUCCCAAUUGA